GUGGAGGAGACAAGGAGGGAGAGGGGGAGAGAGCUCCCGGGACCACGGAGCCGCCCGGCUCAUCCAGGAGACGCAGCGAUUUAUGCUCCUCACCGCCAACACCAUGAUCUUCAUGUUCGCUGGGACGUCUAUGGUGAUGGCCAUAGCUUGCAUCGUGGACAUGAACGCCCUGCUAGACCGCUUCCACAACUACAUCCUCCCGCACCUUCGGGGCGAAGACCGCGUCUGUCACUGCAACUGCGGCCGACACCACAUCCACUACGUGAUCCCUUACGAUGCUGACCAGUCGGUGGUGGACUCGUCGGAGAAUUACUUUGUGACGGACAAUGUGACGAAGCAGGAGAUCGACCUGAUGCUGGGGCUGCUGCUGGGGUUCUGCAUCAGCUGGUUCCUGGUGUGGAUGGAUGGCGUUCUUCACUGUGUGGUGCGGGCUUGGAGGACCAACAGGCGAUAUGACGAUUCCUGGUCGUGGAUCCCGAGACUGUGCAACCUGAAGGAUUUCCGGAGGCGCGCCCACCGGCAGUACGAUGAAUCGGCGGGGAACAUGGUGCACAUGAAACAGAAAUUGUAUCACAAUGGACACCCGAGCCCCCGGCACCUGUAACCCUCGCCUGCCCCGAGCCGGGACUCGAGAGAGACGGAGGAGCCUUUGGAGACUCCCAGUCCUUUUAACAAAACCGGAUGGAGACCACUGCUGCUGACUAUAAGACAGCGUGGGUAGACAAAAGUGCUGGAGAAACUCAGCGGGUGCAGCAGCAUCUAUGGA